CCAUCCCAACAACUACUCUCCACCUUUCAGGUCCAAUUAGCCUUCUUUUGGGGUCUGUUGUUCUAAGCCCAAAUCUCCGCCCCCCCGACUCUCUCUCCGUCUUUCUCCUCUCCUGCAAAACCCUAGAUCUUUCACCCCUUCAACGUCGUUUUCCGGCCUUCUUCUCGCUCCCAGAUCGCUUCUCGUUUGGGCUGACUGCAGCUCUUAAUUAUGAUCCUGGAUUGCCAGCUCCUGGGUGUUUCAUUUAGUGGUGAAAACUUUAUAGUCCAAUGUGUGUACUGUUUUUUCAUCAACUAUACCAUACAGUACGCAGUUCAACUUACUUUCCUUUGGACAAAGAGGCCACAUCCGUCAGCCUUGACACAAAUCCGGACUGUUUUUGCAGCUUAAUGUUGCAAUGCAUUAAGUCUUAGGCCACUAUGUAACCAUGCGUCUCAAAGCUGAGAAGAUUCUGUUUUAAUAAACUUUAUGAUGUGUGAAACCGUUGAUUGCUUUGACUGAACCUCAUUGUUUCCUUUAUUCUUACCUUCCGAGUUAUGUUAACCUUAAUGACAGGAAUGGCAGAAAUUACGGAAGCUACAAAUAUGGAAACAACCCCGGUGGAGAAUAACAAUGAGCUGGCUCUCAUCACUCCUGAAACACAGCCUAAGCGAAGGAAAAAGAAGUCCAUGGUCUGGGAGUACUUCACCAUUGAAACUGUGAGUGCUGGAUGUAGAAGAGCAUGCUGUAACCGUUGCAAACAAAGUUUCGCUUAUAGUACUGGUUCCAAGGUAGCAGGGACCAGCCACCUCAAACGUCACAUUGCUAAGGGUACCUGUCCGGCACUCCUACGUGACCAAUAUAACAAUCAAUUGACCCCAUAUAACCCGAAGACCGGAGGAAGUGAACCACGAAAGCGGCGCUACAGAUCUCCCAGUUCACCUUUCAUACCAUUCGAUCAGGACCGUUGCCGCCAUGAAAUUGCAAGAAUGAUCAUAAUGCAUGAGUAUCCUCUUCACAUGGUUGAGCAUCCUGGAUUCAUAGCUUUUGUUCAGAAUCUUCAGCCUCGGUUCGACAAAGUCAGUUUCAACACUGUUCAAGGGGAUUGCGUUGCAACUUACCUGAGGGAAAAGCAAAGCCUCAUGAAGCUUAUUGAGGGUAUUCCGGGGCGAGUUUGUCUUACACUAGACAUGUGGACUUCAAAUCAAACACUCGGUUAUGUGUUUAUAACUGGACACUUCAUUGAUUUUGAAUGGAAGUUGCAAAGUCGGGUUCUCAAUGUCAUAAUGGAACCAUAUCCCGAUUCCGAUUCUGCUCUAAGUCAUGCUGUUGCUGCCUGCCUGUCAGACUGGAGUUUGGAAGGCAAGUUAUUUUCCCUCACCUUCAAUCAUCCAACAAGUGAAGCUGGGCUGGAAAAUCUUAGACCUCUACUCUGUACUAAGAAUCCCCUUAUUCUUAACGGUCAGUUGUUACUUGGAAAUUGCAUAGCUCGUACCCUGAGCAGCAUGGCAAAGGAUGUGCUUGGUGCAGGGCAUGAGAUUGUCAAGAAAAUCCGUGAUAGUGUAAAGUAUGUGAAGACUUCAGAAUCCCAUGAUGAAAAGUUUGUUCAAGUUAAAAACCAGCUUCAAGUGCCAAGUGAAAAGAGCCUGAUUCUUGAUAAUCAAACUCAAUGGAACACGACAUACCAAAUGCUUGCAGCUGGUACUGAACUCAAGGAAGUUUUUAAUUGUUUGGAUACUUCUGAUCCAGAUUAUAAGCUAGCUCCAUCAAUAGAAGACUGGAAGGUGGCCGAGACUUUAUGCACUUUCUUGAAACCUCUCUUUGAUGCAGCCAGCAUCCUUACGACUACAACUAACCCUACUGCAAUUACAUUCUUUCAUGAAGCAUGGAAAAUACAUGCAGAUUUGGGUCGUUCGAUCACUAAUGAGGAUCCCUUCAUCAGCAAUAUUGCUAAGUCAAUGCUAGAAAAAAUUGACAAGUACUGGAAGGAUUGUAGCUUGAUUUUGGCAAUUGCUGUAGUUAUGGAUCCUCGCUUCAAAAUGAAGCUUGUUGAGUUCAGUUUCACAAAAAUAUUUGGUGAAGACGCUCCCACGUAUAUCAAAAUUGUUGAUGAUGGAAUUCAUGAGCUCUUUCUGGAGUAUGUAGCACUUCCACUGCCUUUGACACCAACUUACACAGAAGAAGGCAAUGCGGGAAACAAUGGAAAGACCGAUGAAUCUCAACAAGGAAAUCUUCUUUCAGACCAGGGACUUACAGAUUUCGAUGUGUACAUUAUGGAGACUAGUAGCCAGCAAAUGAAAUCUGAGCUGGAUCAAUACUUAGAAGAGUCCUUGUUGCCUCGAGUCCAAGAGUUUGAUGUAUUAGGCUGGUGGAAGCUCAAUAAGAUGAAGUAUCCAACUCUUUCGAAGAUGGCUCGUGACAUUUUGUCAAUUCCAGUAUCAGCUGCUGCUCCGGACUCGGUCUUUGACAUCAUAAUAAAGCAACUGGAUGAGUACCGAAGCUCCUUACGACCGGAGACCGUGGAAGCCCUAAUCUGUGCCAAGGACUGGCUUCAUUAUGGAUCUGAAGAAUCCAAUGCACUUGUUAAAAUGGAAUUUUAGAUGUAGCUGUUUUACUUAUGGUAGGAUGCUGUAUUGGACGUUAUUUGACUAUUAGGGAUUUAAUUUGUACAAUUAAAAAACAAUUGUAUUUGUAUGGAUGCAUGGACAUGAAAACCUUUAAUUGCUAGAGUAGUUGUUCCUAUUA